UUUCCCUGACUGGCUUCUUCAAAUUCCAGGUUUGACCUCAAAUUGAAGAACUAUUUUGGGAGUAAAAGAAUACAGCUUUGUGUUGGAGAUCUAUUUACAUGAGAAAAGGACUGACCCAUUUGGCAGGUUGGUUAAGGCACUCGAGGAAUCUGAUCAGCACAGAAACAACUAAAAAUCAUCUCAUUCGUGGACUCUGAUGCUUCAAAUGAAUGAGAGCCCGACUGAUGGAUAUUUGAGGUAAAUCCCAUUCGUGAGAUCUCAUUGCCUAUUCUUUCUUUUUUAUAUCAAGAACAGUGGUUAGAUAAGACGACGACGACUCAAGUCUCACUCACAUAAGAGGAGGACCUCAAACAUCCAUUUAGUACUUUGCAUACUUUUCUAGUUUGUUGGUUUAUUAUAUUAUAUUCCCUGCUUAUAUGACUUCAUUGGACCACAUAUUUUGGCUAAAUAUGUUGACAAUCCUCCAAGAGACUUGUUAGAUUCCAUGGCCAAUCUUUGUCACCCGCUUCCAAUACAUUGUUUGGUCCUCCUCCUCCUUAUCUCAUACAUAUAUAUAUAUUUAUAUUUAUAUAUUUAGGAACAAAUGGAUAUUGGACUGCAGAGCUCAGAGAGAAAGUUGGUGUGGAUAUGCCUCAACGAAACCUGGACAGGAUUACUGUUGAUGUUCCAAUCAUGGAUGUUGAUCACAUUGACCAACUAGUACGAGAUUGACGGCGGUAUCCAAGCUGUCACCCUCCACUUGCCACACGUACAAGAUGGCUAUAAUUGCCCUGCUGAUACCAUUUCCAACCUUUUGCAUCUCUCUUCGCCUCUUAGAUCUUGCAAUAUUAGCCAAUCCAGCCCAUCUCUGUGCCCUCCUCCCCCAUCUCUUCACGGAUAGAGUUGAUUAAAGUUGGAUAGUAAAGGGAGAGACAAAAAGGCCUCAAUCAGACACACAGCCUUUGGAAGGAGAGAUAAAGGAACUCCACCUUCUUUUCCUUGCUUGCUUGGCGUUAGGAGCUCAUCGACGUAUGCAGUCUCUUCUUCCUGCAGCCUCAUGGGGCCAAGAGCGGUGUGUUGGCCUGUCACCUCUCUCCUCUUCUCCUCCUUGUUGCUCGUCGCCCUUGGAACGGACUCGUCGACCAUGUCGAUCGAGUCCUUGGAUUCGACGAUUCGCGACCGUGCUUUCGACCUGUUAUCUCGAGGUCGAACAGGUGUGGCAUACGAGGUGCCUCUUCCUUCGAGUCUCUCCGGCGUCAGAGCUUCUGUCCAAAGGAUGAGGAGCGGGAAUCUGUGGAGCAGAGGAGCCCGUCUCGGCUCCCUCCACGUCCCUCCGAGGACGACGACCGUCCCGUUCGUGAGGCGGCUGGUCGUCGUCCACCAAGACCUCGGCAACCGGUCGUCGUCCUUCUUCAACGUCCCCGGCUACUCCCUCCUCGCUCCCGUCGUCGGCUGCCUCGCUUACGACGCAUCCGGUGGUUCCACUUCCAACGCCACCCGGAAGCUGGAGCUCAGAGUUCUGGGAGAUCCCAUCUCCAUCACCUUCCCCCGAGUCACAUUGCCGGCGGGACUGAACGCCACGAUCGAGUGCGCCCGCCUCGGGCCGCACGGAUCGGUGGUGCAGCUCGCCGACGCGGCGUCGGACAACGCCUGCGCCGCGACGAGGACAGGGCACUUCACCAUGGUCGUGCCGUCGUCCGUGGCGAGCUCGGCUCCGGACACGGCGAGGGAGACGACGUGGAGGGUUUGGGCGGUGGCAUGUGGGAGCGGAGUGGUUGGGCUUCUAUUGGUGGGUUUGGUAGGGAUGGGAAUCAUGAGGUUGACGAGGAAUAGGAAAAUGGAGGAGAUGGAACAGCAAGCAGAGGAAGGUGAGGAUUUGGGCACAACCUGGGCCGGGAGGAGCAAGAUGCCAUCUGCCGCCAUGAGUAGAACAAAGGCAGUGAUGGAGGAUGGAACUACUGCACCGUGACUGACUUUAUCAUCACCUCCUCCUCCUCUUCCUCCUCUAUCAUCACAAAAGGAUUGGAGUAGCUGACAACAACAGCUACUUGAAGUGUCUCCGGUAGUAGAUAUCUUAGUCGAGUCACUUCUCUUCUUCCAGAUAGAAGAAGAAACAAAUUUUAGGAUCUCACAGGUGAUGUGGAUCCUAGAGAUAGUCUUCAAAAUAAAUCACUGGCAUUAUUGCGUCAAAUUGUGUUUCUUUUUCCUUUUUUUUUUUUGGCUUACAUUUUUAAUGAUUGAAACCAAUCAGGUGUGUUAAUUUUCUGCACUAAUUUUGCCCAUAUUUUAUGGUGGCCUGCUUCUUGGAUUCUCUGGAACUUCACUCACACAUU